UUCACCAACUUUAUCUUUAAAAAUCAAAAUCCAACACGACGGAAUCUCAGAAGACCAAAACCUCUCUGCUUGACACCUCACCCUGCUGCAAUCUCCCAAAACCCUAAGCAAAAAUGCUCCUCCAACCUUCCCUUCACCACCACAAGGUCUCCCUCUCGUCCACAAUCUCCUACUCUCACCCUCUUCCAUGGAAAAAUCCCAACUUUACCCUGCACCAGACAGUAAACUACAAGAAACUCCCAGUGAUCACCUGCUCGAUAUCACAAAUCCACAACUAUGGAACAGUGGACUAUGAGAGAAGACCAAUGAUGAAAUGGAAUGCUAUAUACAGGAGGAUUUCAUUGAUGGAGAAUCCUGAAUUGGGUUCUGGUAGUGUGUUGAAUCAGUGGGAAAAUGAAGGAAAAAGGCUUACAAAAUGGGAACUUUGUAGGGUUGUUAAGGAGUUGAGGAAGUAUAAGAGGUACCAACAAGCUCUUGAGGUCUAUGAUUGGAUGAACAAUAGACAAGAGAGGUUUGGAUUAUCACCUAGUGAUGCUGCGAUUCAAUUAGACCUUAUUGCCAAAGUUCGUGGAGUUUCUAGCGCUGAAGAUUUUUUCCUAAGGCUUCCCAACACUUUCAAGGAUAGGAGGAUAUAUGGAGCUUUGCUGAAUGCCUAUGUGCGAAACAGAAUGAGAGAAAAAGCAGAAUCUUUGAUUGAUGAAAUGAGAGGUAAAGAUUAUGUCACGCAUGCACUUCCCUAUAAUGUGAUGAUGACUCUCUACAUGAACAUCAACGAGUACGAUAAAGUUGACUUGAUGAUUUCAGAAAUGAAUGAGAAAAACAUCAAGCUUGACAUAUAUUCAUAUAAUAUCUGGUUAUCAUCUUGUGGAUUACAAGGAUCAGCUGAUAAGAUGGAACAGGUAUUUGAGCAAAUGAAAUCGGAUGGAUCCAUCAAUCCCAACUGGACAACUUUUAGCACGAUGGCUACCAUGUACAUUAAGAUGGGAAAGUUUGAAAAAGCUGAAGACUGCUUGAGGAGGGUUGAGAGUAGAAUCACAGGUCGGGAUCGGAUACCUUAUCACUAUCUCCUUUCUCUAUAUGGUAAUGUCGGUAACAAAGAAGAGGUUUAUCGUGUAUGGAAUAUUUACAAAUCUAUUUUUCCCAGUAUUCCAAAUUUGGGUUACCAUGCUAUGAUCUCAUCUCUGGUUCGGAUGGAUGACAUUGAAGGGGCAGAAAAGAUUUAUGAGGAAUGGCUAUCCAUUAAGACAUCUUAUGACCCAAGAAUAGCAAAUCUUUUUAUGGCUGCAUUUGUUUAUCAGGGAAAUUUGGAUAAAGCUGAGAGUUUUUUUGACCAUAUGCUUGAAGAAGGAGGAAAGCCAAAUUCACAUUCAUGGGAAAUUCUUGCUCAAGGGCAUAUUUCAGAAAGGAGAACGUCUGAGGCUUUGUCUUGCUUGAAAGAAGCUUUUGCUACUCCAGGAUCAAAGAGUUGGAAGCCAAACCCUGCAAAUGUAUCUUCCUUCUUUAAGCUCUGUGAGGAAGAAGUUGACAUGGCAAGCAAGGAAGCUUUAGCAAGUUUUUUGAGGCAGUCAGGACAUCUAAAAGAUAAAGCAUAUGCAUUACUCCUAGGCAUGCCUGUUACUGGUGAUGAGCUAUCAACAAAGGAAGAGAGAACUGAAGACCAGAUUGACAAUGAGGAAAAUGAUGGUGACAAUGGGUCUGAAAUGCUUGUCAGCCAAUUGCAGGGUAGUCUGUGACAACUCCAUUGGGGUGCUUCUAUAUGCAGGAAGUUUGUUUUUGACCUUGAGUUGUGGAGCAGGUUUUAUCAGAACUUCGGUCACAAGAUGCUUUUCUUCGUGGCAAUCAUCUCCUGCCAGAUGCAAAUGGUGGCCGGGAUUUUGAAAUUUGAAAGUUCUGGUGUGGCAUGAUAUUUAUUCAUACAGAUGUUUGUCCAUAAAGACAUGCUCAGCAAAGGAAUGAAUGCCCUUGACUCUUCCUAAUUAAUGACUGUAACCCAUCUCCCGUUCUGCUGUUUUAAAUUUUUUGUUGCAGUUUGUGCCGUCAAGGCACAAAAGCAAUUUAAUUUACGUAGUCAAGCAACUCAAGUCGUCCUGUAUAACAGCAAACUGAAUGUCAAUUCAGUCCCCAUGCUUUUGAUUCGAACACAAUUUCAUCCCUAAA